AUGGGACAGUCACAACAUCAGCGCUACAAUCGUGUUUACGAAGAAGCAGCAGAGGUUGCCAGUUUUCAAGUCAGAUAUCAUUUUUCUCCUAACUUUUCGCUCUCUCAACCAGAGGACGACACCAACCCCGAUAACAACAUUACUGAACAUGUGUACAAGGAGCCGGAACGUGCUAGUUUCCCGCCACAAGAUUUGAACGACAUACAUGUACGCCGGCGCCGGAGCGCCACCGCUGAAACUUAUUUCUCAGACUGUCCACAAGAGGGCCGAGAAUGUGCCUAUGAGGAACCCCAACCAGCAGUGCUGCAUGGCGAGGACAGCCAAACCACACAGGAUGAUAACGUUCCAACAGGAAUAGGCCAUAAAAACAGUAAAGCUAGGAAGAAUGGUAGAGAAGCAGAAGAGAGUAUCUCUUGUGUCAAACGCUGUCACGUCACUACGCGUGGCGUUGCCAGGACAACUAUCGCCAUAACAACGCUGAUCAUCACGGUAGCCAUAAUUUUGCUGAGCGCGCAAAGCUGGCAUCACAAGGAUCAAGGAACUACACAUUUUCUCACACAAACGACAGCUACAGAGAUGCCUGCAAGCCUGUCUGUUACUAUGGGAGAUUCAAAUAAACCGAAGAACGCUACUCCUCCCGUGGCAAUGGAUACAGUUUUCACGACAAGUACUACUCACACCUUUCCACCAACAGUAGAAAACAGUUUGGGCUUAGAAACAGUGACAGGAUCAAAUUGUUCACAACAGCUGCAAUCAGCAAAGGAUGUAAAAGAAACGCUUCAGCCUGUAAAAGAUAGGUUCACAUUCAGGCUGAGACGUACAGAGACUAAUGAAUUUUAUAGUCCAGGGGCAAUCGCUGUGUCUCCUAGCAACAACAUCUUCGUGGCAGACAAACGUCAUAGACUGAUCCAAGUCUACAGCAUGUCUGGUGACCUCUUACUGCAGUUUCCAACGCUUGUUCCAGGCAAUAGAAUUGCAAUGAAAAUAGUACAUGAUAUUUCUAUGGACAAUGAGGGAUAUCUAUGGGUUUUAGGACAGACGGACGCCCAUAGGUAUUGGAUCGUACAGUACACGUCAGAUGGCUGCCCCGUUUUAGGGUUCUCGACCGCCAAGAGAGAUUCGGAGUUCCGUGGGAUAGCUUUUGACAAAGAGAGGAGCCGCAUCAUCAUUACAGGACAACUUAAUGGGCGGGCUGUUGUUGUAGUUCUGCGUCCGCUAGAUGGCGCAGUUUUGCGCACGUUCCAAACAGAACUUAGCGGUUGUUUUGAAUCCGUCGCUGUGGACAAAGAAGGGACCGUCUUUGCUUUAAAUAAACGUAGUCGUUUCGUGUAUGUCUUCAACACUACAUCGUCAACGGGUUUUCAGUUUGAAUUUGAGGGUAAGCGGCCUGGUUCUGUAUACGCUCUGACUGGAAUCUGCGUGACCAGGUCUGGUGAUGUCAUCGUUGCGAAUGGAGGAGAGCAGGGUGUUGAGAUGUACACUCGGCACGGGGAGUUUGUGCGAGUUGUGGAUACAGGGGUUCAGGGUUUGCUUCCCAGUACUGUGGCCGCAGGACCUGCUGACGGACAGUUAUUGAUAGGAAAUCGGCUCCUUGACAGUGUAACUAUCUUGACACGCUAUUAA